CCCGAGCCCAACCGGAGCGCUCCACCAGACCGGCCCGGGCAGAGCUGGAUCCCGGACGCGUGCGGAGCAUAUGAGAGUCGCCGGAUGCGGGCGCACCGAGCCCGCCUGACUCCCGAGAGAGCGCCGCAAGAUGAAGACACCGCUGCGCCAUGGCGUUGCCGUGCUUCUCCUACUGCUCCUGUGCGCCAGCCUCUUCCUGGUCUACAACGGCAGCUUCUACAGCGCCGUCCGGGACGCCAACGACACGCGAACGCGGCGCCAAGAGGAAGGGCAGCCACGACCCACCGACGCCUCCUUCAGGCCGGCCCGGCCUCACCCCCCGGCCCUGCAGGGCUACAGCAGCAUUGUGGACCGCAAGCCUCUUAAGAUGCACUGCCGAACGUGCGCCCUGGUGACUAGCUCGGGCCACCUCAUCGGGGGCAGCCGGGGCGACGAGAUCGACCGGGCCGAGUGCGUCAUCCGCAUGAACGACGCACCCGCCGCGGGGGUCUACACGGCCGACGUGGGCCGCCGCACGUCGUUGCGCGUCAUCGCUCACUCCAGCAUGCAGCGUGUGCUGAGGAGCCGCAACCAGCUGCUCAACGCUAGCCAGGACGCCGUUUUCAUCUUCUGGGGGCCCAGCAGCUACAUGCGGCGCGACGGCAAGGGCCUGGUGUACAACAACCUACGGCUCAUGAACCAGGUGCUGCCUGCGCUCAAAGUCUACAUCAUCUCCUGGCAGAAGAUGCUGCAGUUUGACGACCUCUUCAAGAAGGAAACCGGCAAGGACAGGAGGAUAUCGAACUCGUGGCUGAGCACCGGCUGGUUCACGAUGACCAUCGCCCUGGAGCUGUGCGAUAGGAUCAACGUGUACGGCAUGGUCUCGCCCGACUUCUGCAGCAGGGAUCCUGAGCACCCAUCGGUGCCCUACCACUACUACGAGCCGCGGGGCCCCGACGAGUGCGCCAUGUACAUAUCGCACGAGCGCGGCCGAAGGGGCAGCCACCACCGCUUCAUCACAGAGAAGCGGGUCUUCGCCGAAUGGGCACGGACUUUUGACAUCCACUUCUACCAGCCCGACUGGAGCCCCGCCCCUCUGCCGGCUAACCGCACCCUGGACGAAGGAGCGUCGAAGGGAUGCCAAACGUGAUUUGGACAACGAGCCCUCCCGGGGAAUAUGAGCAGAAUUAGGCGUCGACACAAGACGACGCCGAUCCUGAUUGACGUUUGUUGGGGAAAAUAUUUCAAGGCUGCUGCCAAAGCGUCGCACGGAAGGCGUUCAAAGUCACAAGACAUUGUUUUUUUUAUUUUUUAUUUUUUUCCCCCCCACGCUGUGAAGGUGAAGUUAUACAAGGAGCAAGCAUCGUCGUCUCAGGCUCACUCGGGAGAGCUUGCAGCAAUGUCAAUCAUUCUGUGCGUACGUGUGUGUAGGCAGUGGACGCACUGUUAGAGAGUUCAAUUUAAAGUUAAACUUGUGAUGUUUUUCAAAGAUGAAGCAGGUCGAAUGAAAUGAGCUUUUUUUUUUUUUUUUUUUUUUCCCCCCCCCCAGGUUAAGUUCACAGCCUAAAUUUGUCCGUUUACUUGGCGGACAUGCCAUACAUUUGACUACAUUUGCGUUUACCACGUUUAAAACCAACUCAAUCUGACCGUGAUCGCCAAACUCGAUAUAAGCUUCGAUCAAACGUCAGCGCGCAGGUCAAUCUCAUCUUGAAAUUGAAUCUCAUUAAAUUCACAAGACAACAAGUAGCUAGCACCACAGCAACAAAUCCCAUGGUAGGGUGGAGGCAUGUUCUGAUGGACAGCGAGCAACCCGCUAUUCACGCAGGAUUGGAACCGAGCCCUGCCGCGAAUACCAAAAAUCUGUAACUGACAACGGCCUACAAAGGUUUAUGCUGUACUGUAAUUUCCAAUGGGUGCUUCAAGAUUGUGGCAAAGGACUACUUUUGUCUGAAGCUCCUCAACUCACUUCAGCACCAAGAUGCCAACGGUUGGUGCCAAAGCAAUACUAUUAUUAGGCAAAUGCCGAACUGUAAAUAUGUGAGGGUUCACCGUAAUAGAUCUGAAAAGCCGCACAGGUGGAAAUGUGAAAAGGAGCAUAUCAUCACCUAGUGUUGACCGACUUCCGUUCCUACGACACUGACGUAACUUGAUUUUGUACGCAAGUAUAAAGUAAGUCCGAACACAUUAUCUGUCUAAUAUAAAAGGGAUUGCUUUGCCGCUGUCUUGUGUCAUGUUGGUGCCGAUGAACUAUGUCGAAGUGAGGGAAGGAGUUUCUAUGAAACACACCAAAGACUACAAAAGUGCUGCUUUACCAGCAUCAACACAUUUAUACACUUUUUAGGGGGAAACAGUUAUUUGCAGAUUUUCUCUAUUCGCGACAGGGCUCGGUCCCUAAAACCUGCGAAUAGCCUUGAUAACUAAAGUCAAAGUUGCAAUUUUAAGGGGGGGGGGACUGAACUGUCUGGGGGAAAAAAGAUCAAAUUAGCUCCCAACACCAGUUUCACCAAUUGUCACGAAACUUAUUGGACAGGUUCGUCAUUCAUCAAGCAUGGAAAGGCUUACGGCCUGAAAUUAAAAGUGAAGUUAGUCCUUUUCGGUUUGAUUCUGGGCGCAUCCGAGAGCUCCUCCUACUAGGGAAUUUGCCCAAAAGAGCCGCAAUCGUAACCAGCUAUCCUAAAGAGGUCUAAAAAGAAUGCUAAUUUGCCAAGCUUUUUGGCCUACACCAUUCAACGUCAGCAAUUAUUCCGAGGACUCCCCAUGAAAAAGAUGUGGGAGAGCCUGUUUUUAUCGCAGCCUGCAGCUUUAAUUGUUUUUAUGUUUGUGUGGGAAUUUUGUGAAUUCAGUGGCUUUUUCUACUUGGAAUUUUAGUGUCAUUUCUUUUCACGGUGGCCCUUCUUCAUACCUGAGCAGCUUACGAAUUAGCACCGUCUCCGGCUAAUAGUGUGAUUGAUGCUGCUACAAGCCAUGCAAACACCGCCGUGUCACAGCAGACAAGAGGACGAUGAAGAUGGAGCGGCCGCGUCCAUCCUGCUACGUUUGUUGCGGCAGACUUUUCUUGGAUGAGGACGUGCUGCAAUGUAGAACUGUCCCUCCGGCGGGUGUCAGAUGCUUUGUUGCGCACUUUUCCGCCGCCACUCCUCCACGAAUCAGGUGCCAGUCAGCGGGGGUUAAAAUGGAGAGAUGAGGUUUUCUAAUUAUACAUCCCGUUGAGUCCCCAUUGAUUUGGGCCUCAUCUUUGUGCAGUGAGUCAUGAGAGGAGUCGCAGUCUCAGACGAGGACGCAGCCGGAGGAGUCCUUUGUACCAUUAUACAUUUAAAAAAAAAAAACCUCAGUGUUGCUCACAAGGGUUGCAUGACUAGCAGCGUGUGGAUCACACACUUGGAUUAUUUUAGGUUUGUGCGAAUGGGUUUGUAUUUGCUCGCCAGUGUUAUUUCUCUGUAUUUAUUCUGGGAGUAUUCAAAUCUGAAACCUAACCUUACAUUCAACGGUGUCGCGCGGGGGCCGAUCCAGUCUCAUGUAAAUGAGCCACAACUUAAACCGAGCCCCUUCUACUGCGGGGCCAUCGCCAAGCACCGGAGAAGCACACAAAAACUGGUAAAAUUCCAAACAGCUUGCUACAUUUUAGGAAAUAAAAGAUUUAGGGCCUGAUUCACUGAAGGUUUGCACAUGCGAAAACAGGCACAAACUGGACAGUUUAAGCAUAUUGCAAGCACUUUUACCAUUUAACAGCCAGACUGGAUAUGCAUUGCAUAUAUCUGUAAUUUAAUUUUGCCUCUUCAAAAAACAUUUCAGAUAUUUGCAACUACAUUAUUUCUACACACAAUUUUCAUUUCAGAUACCCGCAACGGCAUUCCUCCUAGGACGAGGUGACUUUUGCCGAUCGUGAGCAUGGCAUUUGUCAUUACAGAGAGCUACAAUUAGUUGCAGAUAUCCACUAUGUGAAUUACGGGUAUCUGCAACUGAAUUGUGGAUAUCUGUAACUCCAGUUUGAGAUUUUGACUAGUCAUAAUUCUAGUUCAAGUUAUCUUUAAUUCACCUCAAAUCAAGAUAGCUAAAUGUGCCUUUUCAGAUAUCUUAACUAGGUGAAAAGACAAAGCUAUCUGUAAAUGGAAUUAUGACUAGUCGACAUGACAAAUAGGCACGGUGGGCGACUGGUUAGCACAUCUGCCUCACAGUUCUGAGGUUCAAAUCCUGGCCCUGCCUGUGUGGAGUUUGCAUGUUCUCCCCGUGCCUGGGUGGGUUUUCUCCGGGCACUCCGGUUUCCUCCCACAUCCCAAAAAGAUGCAGGGUAGUUUAAUUGAACGCUCUAAAUUGCCCGUAGGUGUGAAUGUGAGUGAAAAUGGUUGUUUGUUUAUAUGUGCCCUGCGAUUGGCUGGCGACCAGUUCAGGAUGUACACCGCCUCUCGCCCGAAGAUAGCUGCGAUAGGCUCCAGCACGUCCGCGACCCUAGCGAGGAUGAGCGGAACGGAAUAUGAAUGAACAUGACAAAUAUGUUAUUUUGCCUCUUCCACUAACACUUCCAAUUCCAUCACUUCAAACUUCAUUUUGCGUAUGCAGUUUCCUCCCAAAUUUCCUAUGGUGCAAACCGUCAGAGCUACCUAAAGCAAAGAAAGCCUCUUCAAUACAGCGGUCGCUAUCACUUUUACAACUGUUGCCAACAGUGUGCCCAAUCUGUUAGUGAGCUAAAAUACAAUUUAGCACCUGCUAUUUUAGACCUUGGUAAAAGAUCACAAUCUUAGUAAAUCUCACGGUACACACCUAUCAACAGCGCACGGAAUAUGUUUAGAGUGAACACGUAAUUUACCAACCACUAUUUGGGAUCUUCGUAAAUCAGCCCUUACGUCGCUGCUGUUGGUUGUUUUUAUAUAAUGAGAAAAACAUGUAUACUAUCUGUAUGUCCUGCUUUUUCUUCUAUUAAAAUUGGUUUUAAUUCUG